AUGAACCAAAGAAGAACUGAAAGCACGUUGAGCCUAAACAGGCAGUCUGAGCUUCAGGCAGAAUACAAGAACGACCUCAGAGAUGGAAGACGCGUUGACGCAGUAGAGUUGAUUGAAAAAAAGCUAAAGAGAGGCCGAUCUCAACACCUGUCCGAAGAAGAACAAUUAAAGGCGUACAGGCUCGCAUGUUAUAUAUUUGAGGUGAUUUGUUUGCUCUGUAAAAUGUCGUGGAGUUAAAAUAUAAUUUUUUUCAUUUAUACUGUACGAUAUCAGAUUCCAUGGCUAAAGAUUUAUAUUGCACAUAGCCUGUGAAGAUAAAUUCGUUGCCCGUCAUCUUGUACGCGAUCAAUGUACGAACAGUAAUAUUGUAUACGUUAUAGGGAAGGUUUAACCUGAGGGAUGAAAACUCAACAGAUAUUUUUUUUAUCUACCUAUUUCUUUAUAUUUCUUCAUUACUUUUUCUUCUUCUCCUUGUUUUUCUACUUCUCUAUUUUUUUAAUUUAUAUGAAAUACAUGCUCAUUUUUAUAACGCGCUUACCAACUGAAAUUUUCCAGAUCUACAAGAUCUCUUUCUAUGUCUUCACAAGAUUCAUUUACAAGUUUCUUUACUUUCUUUCAGUUAUCUUACGAAUGUGCAGUGGAGGCGAGAAGUGGCUUUUUAUCCUAUUACUCAUCGCUUUUGGACACUUUAGUUACUGAUGCACCUUGUGUCGGUUUAGGGGAUGGUACAUAUAAGGUUUGUGAUUUUUAGUGCUGUAAUGUUUAUCAUUUUAACUAGCUCUUCUUUAUUUGAGUUGUUUUUUGUACAUACUUUUCCAAUCCAUAAUUAUCAAUUUCAUACUACAGUAAUGAGAAGGCGUGCGAAUAAGUUUACUUUUGUUUUGACCUCGUUGGUUUGGCUUGUUUGUUAAUUUGUUUGUUUGUUUGUUUGUGUCGUUGUUCUUUAUUAAAAAAAAAAAAAAAGGACGGCGCAGAAGACGCCUGUGGCAUGGAGUUUAAUUUGUUAUGAUGAACAGGGGAAUCAUAAUUCGUAGGAACGUCGUCAAACAUUUAGAAAGGACUUGAAAAAAAAAAAAAAAAAAAGUAAGGAUGUCCAAUUGUACAUACAGUUCGAAAAGUCAAACUGACAACUUUGAAACUGAGAGUUGUAUUUGUAAUGACAUGAGAUUAAGUAUAUCUGUUUCUAUUCCUAAGCUCCCUGAUGUCCUAAUUGCGAAAAGAUUCGAAAGAUGUUCCACAAGAUUGCAUAAGUGAAGUCAUGGUCCUCGUUAAAGUGGCGGCUCAAAAGGAGAACCUUAAUUUGGAAGGGCUUGUUAAGGCGAGAUAACUUUCAUUGACAAUUUAAGUAUGAAAUAUUGUCUUUGUUUUUAUUUUGUGUGUGUGUGUUUUUGAUCAUUGGUUUUUUUUGGUUAAGUUUUGGAGCUGGGUUCGAAGUAUUAGACUAUAUUGCUUAUAGAUACAGCAUGUUAUACAUUUCGGUCGCAUCCUCCCAUUCAUGGAGGUUACCAAACCGUUUGCUUUUUUUUAUCUAUAAUUAUUGAAUAAUGCAACUUAACAAUGACACAUGUAAUACGUAUUAUUUUAAUCCCUAUAGGUUGUAAAGAGAGAAUUGAAGGCAAAAUGGAAGGAACAUAAAAGAAAGAGGAAAUCCUUCCAAGCUUUGAUAAAAGCCUCAAAAAGGAACUAG